GUUUAUUUGCAUGGCGCGACCUACGGUCACACUAAGCUCGCAAGCAACAAUAACAAUGGACCGGCGAGAGGAUGCUCUGCUACAGGCCCUCCAAACGAACGCCAGCGAGACAGAGCGCUGGGAAGCCUUCCAGCGCGACAAUGAGAGCACCAUCCGGAACUUGGACAAGUUCGCCCAGAAUCUCAGCGUGGAGGUUAUGGUGCCCAUUGGACGAAAGGCGCUGAUGCCCGGCGAGCUGAUCCACACCAACGAGCUUCUGGUGGGCCACUACGAGGGCUACUUCUCCGCCUGCUCCGCCCACAAGGCCAAGGAGAUCUGCCAGCACCGCCUGAAGCUGGCCGAGGAGCAGCUGGAAAAGCUGGCCGUCGAGAACGAUCUGUGGCAAAAAAAACUCAAUACUCCGUUUGCGGAGGGAGCGGUUCCCAGUGGCGAUCAAGUAGAAAUAGUGGAGGAUUUUAACGAGGAGUCCCACAACAAGUGGUUGGCAGAGCACAGAAAGCGAGUGCGUCAGCAAAAGCAGAAGGAACGCCUAGCACGAGAGGCGGAACCUCCAGAGAAAGAUAAUGAAGUGCUGAGAAAGCUAGAAGAGCGAGAAAUGAUGGAGGAACUAGGUCUGGAUCCCGACAAUAUCGAUGAAGGGCAGCUGCACCAAAUGCUGAGUCACGAGCCUCAGAAAUCUAUUAACGAAAGUAGUCCUAAGUCCCUUACCCAGACAGAGGAGGAGGAACUCUGGAAAAAGCUGGAAGCCGAGGAGCAGCAGGAAGCCGCAGAGCUUAGCUCAGAAGCAGAAGAAAGCCUGCAAACAACGGACAAACUAGUGCGCCAGCUUAUGUCCGGCGAAACAGAAACUCCGUCUUCCAAAAAACGUGUUGCAGGCAUCAGUAGAACCGUGGAAGUUCAGGAAACCAUAUCAGAAGAUGAUGAUGAUGACGGUGACCAGGAGGAAGAGGUGCAAACCAUACGAGAGCAGAUGUGCCUGCUGCCCAACGAAGAGCGUGAGCCCUUCCUCAGAGCUCAACUGCAAGUACUUAAAGCGAAAAUGAGGAAGAUACAAAAGGUGAACUUUAUUAGCGAUGAGCUGAUUCACUUGAUGAAUGUGGUGGUCAUGCUAGAGGACGACCUACAGGACAUGAUAUUUGAGCAGGAACUGGAGGCCAGCGAGGAAGAGGAGGUCGUUGAAGACAAUCGUCUUCCAGAGGAGCCAAAUGAAGAACUUGUUACUGUACCUGAAGCCAGCACAAAUAAACGUCGCAUUUCGUUUGCCCUUAGCGAUGAAAAACUAGAAUUCAGAAGGGAGGAGACCGUUGCCGAAAUGUUGCCCAAUGCGAAAAAGAAGUCGAGGGAUAUCGUCAAGCUAAAUGCACCUGUUAAACCUGCAGGAAAUCCACAACCAGUAUCCAUUAAAACAGAACGUCAAACAAACUUGGAUAUUAUGCAAAAAGUAGAAAGAAACAUUGAGUUUGUCAAGGAAAACCAGAGUGUCCAGGACUUCGAUUUGCUCAAUAGAAUUAUGGAGGAGUCUACGGGACUCAUCAACACUUUACACAUAGGUUUUACACAUUCCGGUGCCAUACCUUCGCCCAGAAGUGAUCAAAGCGAUGACAUUCCUGGAAGCCCAUCUGAUUUCUAUGAUAAAUAUGAGAGGGAGCGGUCGCGGCUGAACGAUUCUUUUCCUAUUUAUGUGAACGGGUUUGAGGGCGAGGAGCAAGUUAAAGUGCCCAUAAUGAGCGAAGCUUCUCGUGGAUCGGCCUAUGAGGAUCCCAGAAGUCAGUUCUCCAAGCCGAAUUCUUCUGAGGGCGACACUACUGACCCUGAAUCAACCACCAAGUCAAUCCUACGAAAUAAGUCCGCUGUGGACCUGGAGCCGCAUAAUGUUAACCAGCAGCCUAAGAAGGGCAGGAAGGGCCGAAAGCAGAAGAAAAAGGAGCGCACUCUGGACGACGACCUGCGCGACAUGAGCGCCUACCAAAAGGUCAUGCACGAUCUCGUGGAGAAGGAGCCGACUGCUCCGGAACCUCUGCCCCCGGGCAAGUUCAUCGACUCGCAUGCGCCCAAGAAGAGGGUUAGCCGCUUCAAGGAGCAGCGAGCUCUUAACAAAACGUAGCGAAGAGUAAAACUUCAGCUAGAUAUUACUAGUAUAUUUGUUUAAGUUUAAUGUGGAUUUGUAUUACAAACACAACGCAAACAAUAAACAACUACUGGUGUGGUUUA